GAAGAACAUGAUCAUCACUUCAGACUGUACGGAACGUGUUCUAGACUCUUCCAUUCAAGAUGUUCAAAUUAAAAAGAAAACAGUGGACUCAGCAAUGGAUUCUGUGAUUAGCCUAAUGAGAGAAGUGGAACGUGUAGAGAAGGCAGCAGAACAAGCAAACGAAGAAGCUUCUCGGAGAUGUUCAGAUAUUAUUUCAAAGGUGCAUGAACUUCAAGAAGCGCAGCAGCAAGUAAAGAUGACAAAUGAAAUGCUUGUGAGAGAAGCUUAUGGACAAAAGGAGAUUUUAGCUACUAAAAUGGAGGUCUUUGAGCUUCAAGUUCAAACUUCAUUGGAGACAGGAGAUACAUCUCUUGCACUUCUUGAUGAGAUGCGUACUUUCCUGGAGCAGCGAUUGACUUCAGCUAUAAUGAUAAGGGAGUUGGCAAACAAAAGAAAGGAAGAAAGUGAAGCAGCACUUGCUUAUGAAGAAUUCCAGAUGAAAACGGUGGAAGAAGAGUCCAAGAGACUGAAUCAAGAAGCAGUCAGAAUUUCUAAGUUGCAGGAGUUCCUUAUGGGUCGUGGCCAUGUUGUCUCUAUGUUACUCGGAGAGAUAUCUGAUAAAUGUCAGCAUGUGAAACUGCUAAAAGAGGAGCUGGACCAGGCGAUUCUGCCAGAUGGAACUAGCCAAACAUCACUUAUCUUAGCAUCUACUAACCCAUCUCUAAGAUCUCCUGUGAUACCUGGCCAGCCACAGCCUGAGCAAGCUAAUUCUGAUCUGCCUAAUAAAACGAGCUCAUGUUUGGGACUAGGUGGGAUCACUGAUGACCAUGUUCCCUCUGACAAAGGUGAACAGAUAAAAUUUGGAGAAUCAAGGUCAUUGAUCUCUAAGAAGGCGGUUCUCAACGCAUGUGACAUCAAAAGCUGUGAUUUAGGUAAAAACUUAGGAAAUGCAGCUACUAGGAAAGCAAAGAAACUGCAAGAAAAUCAGACGCUUGCUACACGUAUCAAGAAAGUAAAGAUAAAAUGCAAACUGCAGGGCAAUGGAAUGUUUGCUAAAAGUAACAAGAAAGUGAAGGUUAUAAAGAAACUGCAAGAAAGCCAGAUGUCUAAAACUGAUAACAAAGUGAAGAUAAAAGGUAAACUGCAUGGAAAUCGAAAGUCUACGAAACGUAUCAAGAAACUGAAGAUUAAAAGCAAACUGUGUGGAAAUCAAGUGUCUGCUAACAGUAUCAAGAAAGUGAAGAUAAGAGGCAAACUGUAUGGAAAUCAUUUCUCCUAUAAUAAUAUCAAGAACGUGAAUGUAGAAGGCAAUCCGCAUGGAAAUUAACUGUUCGCUAAAUGUUCCGAGAAAACGAAGCCUGAUGCGGAUCAUAAAAGAUAGUUCUGUAAGUGACUAUGAUGCUUAUCCUUUAGGGUUUUAAAUUCUGUUUCUCUGUUUUGGAGUCAAAGAAUGGUGGUGCUGACAAAAUUUCAAAUAUUUCUUUUUGAACUAAAAAGAGCUUUUUGAAGCUUUACGGUAUCAUGAUUAUGUAUAAGCUAAUAUGCCACUUCUGCUGUACAGUAUGCCAGUAUUUGGAAA